CCAUCGAGCACGCGUUUAUGUCCUUGCGCAACGUUUGCAAGAGACAGGCGCUUGUUUAUUUCAUAUAUGGCCCGGUUAACAGCGGCCUCUUCGCAGGACAUCGCACAACUUUACCAGGCUUGCCUUCCAAACUUGGAGGCUUCAAAAGCCCGCAUAAAGGUAGCACUGAAGUCCUUUGUCGACGCCAAUGACAUACCGGGGACAAGUGCUAAUUAUGCCAGUCCAGAGGAUGAUCCAGUCGACGUUUUUGUCGGAAUGCUGCAACAUGGCGUUGUCCGGCGUGACGCAACGUGGAUGUUAUUGCUUUUAAAAACAAUUAAGAUCUUGUCUCGAAAGCAAGUCAACCGACUAAAGUUUGGCGCAGCCGGGCUACGCGCGGUUGUGACCGCUCUCGUCAAUCCGCUUAACAACCGAGUAGCUGCGGAGGGGGCCAACGUCCUCUUGAACGUGUGCUAUGAGGUGUCAAACGUGCAAGCGCUCCUGGAGACUCCUGGCGUACAGCAACUCUUGCUGUUCCUUAUGGAGGAUGACGAAGAAAUUCAAGCCAACGCAGCUGGUGCUAUCCAGAGCAUUUGCUUCCAAGAGGAGGGACGAAGGCAUGUGCACGAGAACGGCGGCAUUGCUGCGCUUUCAGGCUUGUUAUCGUCACCUAACCUCAAAGUGGUGACACGUGCUGUUGGCGCCAUCCACAACCUCUCAUCAGAUGCCGAGGCUAUCCGCGACAUCCGCACCACCGGCGCCAUCCCCACGCUGGUGUCGCUGCUGCACAGCGCCCACCUCACCGUCUCCAGCUCGGCGGCGGGGGCGCUGCAGAACGUGUCGCGGGAGGUGGCCAGCAGGCUGGUCAUCAGGGACCUGGAAGCCGUGCCGCCACUCGCCCGCCUGCUGACGGCGCCGGACGUGCAGGCGCAGGUGUGCGCGUCAGGGGCGCUGCUCAACAUCGUGGGACCCGACCUGGACAGCCGGGAGCUGCUGGUGCAGCAGCAACGGGAGCAGCAGCAGCAGCACAAGUACGGCAGGCCACUGUCACAGACACAGCAGCGACCGCCGCCGCUGCCGCCGCCACCGCAGCAGCAGCAACAACAACCCUCCUCGCAGCGUCGCAGUCUGGGCCGUCUCAUGGCUCUCUGCAUGUCGGCAGCAGCGAUAUACGAGUGCCUGUACGACGAACCAGUCCCGCCGCCACCGCUGCCACAGUUGCCGCCAUUACCAGCGCCGUAAGGGUGCUAGGGGCGGUUGCUAGGGGCCGCAGUUGCUGCGUGGGUGAAGGGGCGGUCGGCGUGAAGAGAUGCGACGCGGGCGCGUCUCCUGAUCCCUGCAAGGAGGCCAUUGUGUGCGGGCUGCCGUUGCCGCAGCGCUCUGGGAAGCGAGCAAAUCGGCAUCAGGCUGAUUGGCAAGGCAUCAGAUUGCGAUACCCAAGUUGGGCUGCAGUGCUGGGGCAGCUUGGAAGGAUAGCUUAGUUGGGAGCAGCCAAAGCCGAAAUCAGCAGCGGGCUAGCGGCAUGCGAUGCCCACCGCAACGCUAAGGGAACGGCUGCGCAACUUCCGCCGAUGGGAAGCAUAACGACUCGGGCAGGUUGUUCACUUGCCAAGUAGGGCACUUGGCGUAAGAAGACAUGUGCUUUGCCAGGCUCUUGCUGGCACGAUACUAUGGCUAAGAUAUGGGCCUCCUAUCAAGGAUGUGAACUCCAUCCACGGGUUCUUUGUUUGGGGCUUGGGACUGCUCGACGAUGGCA